GUACCCAGCCAAAAUUGAACAUUGAACAUUGAACACUUUUCCCCUUAAAGUUAAAUGACAAAUAUGGCGCCCGCCGCGGCUGUCUGCUAUUCCUUCGUGCUCGUAUUCGCUCUGUCCUUCGUUUCCCUCGCAAAUUCUGCGAGCAAAUAUUACGCAUUUGCGAAAGUCGAGAGCUGUAGCGGUUGCUCGCUCAACCGGCUGCCACAUCUCAAGCAGUUCAUCUUCGAGGAUCUUCCGCAAUAUGAUAACGUGGAAUUCAAACAUAUUCAGGGUGCAAUUCCAGAGCUUGUACUUUUCAACGAGCAUGAAGAGGAAGUGGAGAGAUUGGUGCUGUCCAAAUUGACUCGGGAAGAGUGCAAUGACUUACUAGUCUCCAAAGGUUUCACCAAAAAGAUUAAAGAUAAUAAGGACGAGAUGUAAAGGACAAGCGUCCAAUUAAUAUACACGCACUACAGAGCGUAGCUUGUCAAAACUGGUCAAAAACCUAUGUAUACAACUUAAGGAAGAGAGAAAAAGUUAUUCUUAAAAGGCCAUUUAUAAAGCCAUGCUAAAGUCAAAAACCUAGAAACGUAUAGUAAGCAAAUUACCUUAGAAAUACUUUAAAUUGAUCUCGAAAUAAAUUGCAUAGUAUACAUUAUAUAUAUAAUUUUAAUAAACAUGUAAGAUGCAUAUAUUAUAACUUAACGUGCAUUGUUAAAUCAUAUAAAAGUUUUUAUUUGUUUUUUUUUUAAUUUUCCAUAAUAGUAUAUAAAUAAGAAAAUCGUUAUAUUUUAUGCAAUUUCUGUUACUUUAAUAAUUCUUUAGAAGGUUUAUGUCUAGCACAAGCUGUAGAUAUCCGAAUAUAAGUCACAUUUUAAUAGUACCUCAGAUGUAACAGGCAUAUUGCACAAAAAGUGAAUAAUUUGAUAAUCUUUAGAUGUACUAAUUAUUAUCUCUUUCGUCGUCUCUUUACUGCGUUAAUAAGGACAGGAGGGAAUAUGUAUCUCCCUGCAGAGCUGCAAUCUGUGAUAAAAGCAACUGAUCUAUGGUAUGAUGGAAUUGUAUAUUAUGCACGUGAGGUCCUUUACGCUUACAUACAAUUAAUUUCGAGUAAUUUUUUUUAACUUUGUAACCGCGUUAUUAUAUCAAAAGAACAUAGGCUUUCAAUUACGAAUUGUACACUUGCAUUUGAGAUCAAUUUUUUUUUACUUACCAUCACGAUAAUUUCGCUAUUUCGCAAUUUCUUUUUCAAUCAUCUUAAGUUCUAAAAGUAUAUAAUUAAUCGAACAAUGUAGCAUAUGCGAAUAAAUGAUAGUUGCUGAUAAA